AUGGCGAACAGUCAGCCCAGUGUCACACCCACGCUGUCACACCCACGCUGUCACACCCACGCUGUCACACCCGCCGUCACACCCACGCCGUCACACCCACGCCGUCAUACCCACGCUGUCACACCCACGCUGUCACACCCACGCUGUCACACCCACGCUGUCACACCCACGCUGUCAUACCCACGCUGUCACACCACGCCGUCACACUACGCUGUCACACCCACGCCGUCACACCCACGCUGUCACACUCCACGUUGUCACACCAUGCGGUCACACCCACGCUGUUACACCACGCGUCACACUCACGCUGUCACACCCACGCUGUCACACCCACGCUGUCACACCCACGCUGUCACACCCACGCCGUCACACUCACGCUGUCACACCUCACGCUGUCACACCCAUGCGGUCACACCCAUACUGAAGUUAGGUUACGUUAGCUUACAUUAA